AUGUCAGCAAAUCUAUUUGACGUUUCCGGUUGGACUCUUGGUGAUUUGGUCCCUCAUGAAUCUCUGAAAACUCCCGAAUCUCGCAAAUUGAAAAAUAUAAAGCAUAAAAUCAAGAAACGUAAACAAAUUAACGAAAAAGGUCCUACUUCAAAAAUCGAAGUAUUAUCAAUAUUUGAGUUUCAUAUUGAAACGUAUAUUUCUGUUAAAUCUUGGCCAGUGAAUCCUGUCGAUAUUUUUAUAAACUAUUUAAAAGGAAAACCAAAAGAGUGGAUUGUGGCCGAUUUAGGUUGUGGUGAGGGUAAGAUUGCUCAAGAAGCUUCCAAUAAAGUACUUUCUUUUGAUUUGGUAGCCAAAAAUAGCAUGAUUAUUGCUUGUGAUAUUGCAAAG